AUGCCCUCGCCCUUGCGUGCGUCUGCUCCGGCGCUGUGUUUCCUGCUGGCAUCGGUACAUUGCCAGGAUGCCUGUCAACCUACCUGUGGAGCCCAAGCACCUGGAGACAUCCUGAUAGGAGUGAUCGGCCAGUGCCAUGGCGAAGUGGAGUCGCUGAACGAACGGAUAAAACCGGAAGGUUUCAACUGCACAGAUUUUAUUUUGCAGUCAUUUGUGGAAACCCUAGCUGUCAUCCACACCAUUGAUGUAAUCAACGACUCCGGCUUCCUUCCUGGAGUGCGGUUGGGAUAUCUCAUCUGUGACGACUGCUCGUACCCCAUCAAAGCAUUACAAAUCGCGGAGCACCUUGUGUCCACCAAUGACACUCUGCACGUUGAAUGUAAUCCCUUCACCAGCCCUCUGGUCAAGGCUGUGAUCGGGGCUCGCUUCUCUGAGGUGUCCAUCACUGUGGCCAGGUUCCUAGGACUGUACAUGGUUCCAGAGAUUAGCACAUCAUCAUCUGCAGACACUUUAGACGACAAGUUGCGGUUCCCAUCUUUCCUCCGUACCAUUCCCAAUGAUGAGCACCAGACUCGAGGAAUUGCCAAGUUCAUGUCAUCCUUCAGCUGGGACUGGGUUGGUGUGGUCUACGGCGAUGACGACUAUGGCAAGUCUGCCCUGGAGAACUUCUUGUUGAAUGCAGAGGACACCAAGGUGUGUGUGGCCUAUCAGGAGGUGAUGCCGCAGUACCUCAACAACGGAAACACAGACCUCAGGGUGAAAGAGGUCGCAGAAACGAUUCGCUCCUACAAAGCUCAGGUCGUGCUGCUUAUCUUGAAGGAAGAGCUAGUAAUGAAAAUUUUUGAAGAAAUGAUAAAGACCAACACCUCCCGAAUCUGGAUUGCCAGUGAUGCCUGGUCUUUGGCCCAGUCCUUAGCCAACAUGCCGGGGAUCAACAUGGUAGGGGAAAUCUUUGGCUUCAGCUUCAUCACAGGGCAAAAUCCAGGUUUCAGUGAGUUUCUUCAGAACCUGCAGCCAGAUCCAGGGGUGGUGAACCACUUUAUCGAGGAGUACAAAAACCUGAGGUUUGAAUGCACUCCAGAGCUACUGCAGUACAAUGAGUGCAUUGCCAACAACCCUCCAUCCCUCUGCACCAGGCCACCCUCCCUCACUUUCAAAUCUCCACUGGCCUGCAGCAUCCCAGACCCCCAGCAAGCUAAUGAUGACUUCCUGAUACAAAGUGUGUAUUUAAAUAGGACCUAUGGAGAGAGACUGGCUGUAUGGGCUAUAGCUCAUGCCCUGAGGAAUCUCCUGCAGUGCAAUGGGACCCUUUGUCAAGGAGACAGAAACAUUCAUCCUUGGAUGCUCCUGCAAGAGCUUAAAAUGGUGAAUUUCACAUUAAACAAUCAACGGUUUUACUUUAACGAAAACGGCAGCUUUAUGAACGGCUAUGAUCUGAUUUACUGGGCAAGAUCUGGAAACGGCAGAGAUUUCCGGGUGAUAGGAGGAUAUGACCCAAAGACAGGAAAUAUGAAAGUGGACACAAAAGACAUCAUGUGGCAAAACAAAACGGUCCCAGACUCCAAAUGCUCAACGCCAUGUCCCCCUGGUACAUUUAUGAAAAUUUACAACGUAUCGUGCUGUUAUAACUGCACACAGUGUGAUAUGGGGACCUUCUCUAAUGUCUCCAACAUGCCCAGCUGCUUGCAGUGUCCUGAUGGAACAUGGUCAUUGAAAGGCUGGAACCAGUGUUACCCAAGAACAGAGACUUUCUUUGGGUGGAAUGAGCCUUAUGCCAUCAUCUUGUUGACCUUUGUGGGCCUGGGGUUCCUGCUGCUGCUGAUGGUGUUCGUUGUCUUCAUGGCAAGCCGACACAGCCCUGUCGUGAACGUAGCUGGUGGGAAACUCUGCUAUAUCAUGAUGGCUGCCUUGGUGGUCAGCUUUGGAAGUGUGGUCCUCUUCAUGGGAAAGCCCAGUGUUCACAUUUGCCGGGCUCGUCAGACCAUGUAUGGCUUGGGUUUCACCCUCUGCGUCUCCUGUAUUCUUGUCAAGGCAUUUCGCACUUUCCUUGCCUUCCUCUUCAAUUUCAACAGACAAUAUAAGCUGAAGAAGCUCUACAAACCCUUUUCUAUAAUUGUCCUCUUCACCACAGUCCAAGUGCUCAUCUGCACCUUUUGGUUGGUGUUUGACUCACCAAGGGUGGAGACCAUCACCUCCAAUCAAAGCAUGAGCAUCUUCUUCCAGUGCAAUGAGGGGUCCGGGGUGGGAUUCGGCAUCAUGCUCAGUUAUAUUGGACUUCUGGCUUUCGUCUGCUUCCUCCUGGCCUUCAAUGGGAGGAAGGUCCCACAUCGGUUCAAUGAGACAGGCUACAUCAUCUUCAGUAUGCUCAUCUACCUUUUUGUGUGGGUUUGCUUCAUCCCAAUCUAUGUGACCAAAAGCCAACAACGUUCAGCUGUCCAAGCUUCAGCCAUCCUGGUCUCCAGCUACGGCAUUAUUUUCUGCCACUUUCUCCCAAAAUGCUACAUGAUCCUCUGCAAGAAGAAAAAAGACAUCUCCCCUGAGGCAUACCGGGAAAAAGUACGUAUCUUCUCCAUCACGUCAGCAAAUCAAGCACUUUGUCACUUGUCCACAGACUCUGGAAUUGGUGACAUGAAGACGAUGGCCACAACCAGCUCCAUGAAGGUAGAAGUGUCCUCGGUAGGUAUCAGUCUUAAUGACCCAUCCCCCUCUGUGAGGAAGAGGCACAGAAGGUCCUCCAUUUGA